CAUGAGCGCGAGAUUUUCCCUCGGCGGUAGGUGGAGACUGGACACAGCAGAGUGGAGUCGGUAUCCAGGCAGCUCCUCUCUCUUCCUCUCUGAAAGCCAGGCUAGAUCGUCUCUGCAACACACUGAGAGACUGAUGCUGCCUAAAUGAGCUAACGUCUCAGCUGUCUUCAAAGACAAAAGCAACAUUUUCAUUGAGACUUAAGUUGUUGCCUGGUGGCAGAUGUCUCGUUGCUUCCUUGAGAGCUCAGAGGCCAGUUGGAGUCAGGAGGAGGGUCCUCAGCAGCAGCAGUGAUGCGGGCUUCAGUGGCAGGCUGCAGGAUGAGCGUGGGUGCGCUCCUGAAUGGGCUGCUGGUCUCUGUGGUCGCAGCUCUGCUUUGGAAGUAUUCCAAGCUGAGUGAGCAUGCUGCCCUGCUGGAGGAAGAGCUGCACAUGACACGGCAGUCCCAGGAGCUCUCACAGGCCCACAUCGAUUACCAUGUCGCCCUGCAGGCUCUUCAGGAACAUGGCACCCGAAUGGUCUGCACUGGCAAGAUGCACACUGACCGCAUUUGCCGUUUUGACUACCUCUGCUACUGCUCUGAGGCAGAGGAGUUUGUGUUCUUCCACUCCAACUCCUCUGUCAUGUUGCCUAAUCUGGGGUCCAGGCGCUUCCAACCUGCCCUGCUGGACUUGUCAUCAGUAGAGGAUCACAACACCCAGUACUUCAACUUUUUAGAGCUCCCAGCUGCAGCUUUAAAGUUCAUGCCCAAGCCUGUGUUUGUACCAGACGUGACACUGAUCCUAAACAGGUUUAAUCCUGAUAACCUAAUGCAUGUAUUCCAUGAUGAUCUGCUCCCAAUCUUCUAUACCAUGAAACAGUACUCAGACUUGGAUGAUGAGGCUCGUCUUGUGUUCAUGGAGGGCUGGAGUGAAGGUCCGCACUUUGACCUCUACAGGAUUCUGAGCAGCAAGCAGCCACUGCUCAAAGAACAGCUUAGAAACUUUGGCAAGCUAAUGUGUUUUACCAAAUCUUACGUUGGCUUGUCCAAGAUGACCACCUGGUACCAGUAUGGCUUCGUCCAGCCACAAGGGCCUAAAGCCAACAUUUUGGUCUCGGGGAAUGAAAUUCGUCAGUUUGCCAGGGCUCUGAUGGAGAAAAUGAACAUCACCAGAGUGGAGGAGGCUGAGAAGGAUGGAGGGAGUGCCGAAGAUGAGAAGGAGAAAGAGAAGAAGGACGAUUACAUUGUUGUGUUCAGUCGUUCAACAACGAGGCUGAUACUUAAUGAAGCAGAGCUAAUCAUGGCAUUGGCCCAGGAGUUCCAUAUGAGAGUGGUCACAGUAUCCCUGGAGGAACAGUCUUUUCCCAGUAUCAUCCAGGUGAUCAGCGGUGCUUCCAUGUUAGUCAGCAUGCAUGGAGCUCAGCUUAUCACCUCACUCUUCCUCCCCAGAGGAGCUGUUGUGGUGGAACUGUUCCCCUUUGCUGUGAAUCCAGAGCAGUACACUCCUUAUAAAACCCUUGCCUCCCUCCCAGGCAUGGACCUCCACUAUAUAUCCUGGAGAAAUACUAAGGAGGAAAACACCAUCACCCACCCAGACAGACCCUGGGAACAAGGAGGUAUUGCUCACUUGGAGAAGGAGGAGCGAGAGAGAAUACUGGCCAGUAAGGAGGUCCCCAGGCACCUGUGCUGCCGUAACCCAGAGUGGCUCUUCCGGAUCUAUCAGGACACAUUAGUUGACAUCCCCUCCUUCCUAGAACUCCUGAAAGAGGGCAUGAAGACCAAGCCCAGCUUGAAGAAGUCAAAGCCUGCCAGCACGGUUCACCCAGGCCGAGUCAGAGAACCCCAGUGUCAGACCUCAGUACAAACCACUAAUGAGGCAAAACUCACGGUCUCCUGGCAGAUCCCAUGGAAUCUGAAAUACUUGAAGGUAAGAGAGGUGAAGUACGAGGUGUGGAUCCAGGAGCAAGGAGAGAACACCUACAUGCCUUAUAUCCUUCCCCAGCAGAACUACACUUUCUCAGAGAACAUUAAACCCUUCACCACCUACCUGGUAUGGGUCAGGUGUAUCUUCAACAAGAACCUCCUGGGCCCAUUUGCAGAUGUUCUUAUGUGUAGGACCUAGUGCAAACACCUCACCAUUUUGUUGCUGUGCAGUUUUCUCACAAACGUUGAGUCAUGCUUGUUCCAGACAAUCAGAUUAGAUCAGUGGACUGCUUGAUUACCGUCUGUCCAGUGGAGGUUGGAAAAUAACAUAUGGGUUGUUUUUAUGAACCUAGAAGAGGUGUUUCCUGACCCAACACAGAGGACCUAGUGCCGUCUGGAUGAACUGCAAAAGAGUUGAACCACAGGGUCAGAACUCAAUGACAGUUGUUAAUGAAGGGAAAGUAUAUUUCAUGUACCUAUGAAAGAAAGUACUAAACCAUGUCUCUACUGAUAAUACCAGAAUUCAGAUAAACAGAUUUAUUUAUGUGCAAAAUAAUAUAUAACAUGUUUUUUUAGUAUUAGUCAAAACACUGGCUCUUUACCUUUUACAGUAUGCAAUGUAGCUUUUCUGUGGAGAGCAAGAGAAAUUUUAGAAUAGCAAGAUUUUUUAAAUGUUUUUUUGACCUGUCCAGUGUCUACUGUGUGUGUGAUACCUGUGUGGCUUAGUUUCCCUACCUACUGUGUAAUUACAUAUACCAUUAUUUGCAGAACCUAGACAAUACCAAAGCAACUUUUCCGAUGUUACUUCAGCCAAUCAUCAUUCAUGCCAUGUUACUUUCUCAUGUUAUGGAUCAUAUAUACAGUUUGAAACCCUUUCUCUAAAACAAUGUGAAAGAUUUGUAUAGAAGAAUUGUCAAGCUAGAGUUUUCAUGAAUACCACUCUAAUCCAUGUUUUUAUGACUCCAAGAGCAAAGAAUUAUGUAAUUACAGAGUAUGUAAUGGAGUAUUUGGUGAUGAAAGAUACUGCUCUUUAACAGGACUAUCUUAAUAUUAUUUCCUUGUGUGUGUUAUAACUCCACUAAUAAAUAUUUAUUUCCAAUUGCCACUAAUUACAAGUGUAAUGAUCAUUUCCUUUGGAUAGUGAAUCUGUUGCGCCACGUUUUAACCAGUAUAAAGCAGCCGUAUGCUGCUGGACAUUCGGAUUGGACAGCCUUGUGUAAAAAGCAUUUUCAUCGAGAAUGAGGUAUGUUAGAAUAGGACUCCACUGAUUUCUGUAAAACUCUGUCAAGAUAUAAUUCCCAGCUGUGUGUGUGUAUUUACUUUCCUUCCUUGUCAGUAAGAACAAGUCUGUUGUUGAAAUUGAGACUGAAACCACAGACAUCCAAAGCUUGCUGUUGAAGUUGUUUUGUGUCAUGUGCAAAUGAAGUGCUGCUGGUUGCUAGACUGACAAAAUGUAUUUAACUUUUAGACACGUGAAUUGGAGGUGUUAGAAUGUGGUCAUAGAAAUGUAGCAAGAGAUGGUUCAUGGAAUGGCACAAGUAAAGAAUACACUGCCAUCAACAUAUUGUGUUAUACUGUGCCAUUGUUAAGAUGGUGUCAUUUUUAUUGGACUUUUUAUCUGUGAUCAGUCCUCUAAACAUUACAAUAACCUCUUUGUAAUGUAUUGGAAUUUGCCAUAUGUUCAUUGAUAUUUUUUUUUUCUAAAGUUCUCAGAUGCAGUUCUUUGUGUCAAUGCACGUUUAAGAGAUUAUUUUGAGCCAUUGUUGUGUGUGCAGGAUGUGAUGGUUUCAAUAUGUGUGUGUUUGUAUUGUUGGAUAGAUUUCUGUGUUGCUCUUUCUUAGCUCAGUGGAGACAUUGUACUGUAUGUGCUGAGUGAAAGAAGAGUGUACAAGUCUCUGUUUUCUACAUUAGCAAAUAGUUGGAGUUUCUUUUUCAGAUUGAAUAAAGAAGCUUAUUUCCUACGUAA